AUUUCUUUUCCUUAACUCAGUGGUCACCAACCCUAAGGCAAUGUUUAUAUGAUCCAGUGGGCAAGAUUAUGAUUAGAUGGUCUGGUGGGCACGAUUAUGGUUGGAGCUAAAGUCUUCAGGAAGGUAGAUCUCCAGGAACAGGAUUUGUGACCACUUAAGAUCUCAAAAAAUGUCGGUUGGUCAUUGUGGGGAAAUGCUUCCUCCAGCAGGAUGCUUCCUGUUCUUCCUAUUUUGGUUUUUAUAGUUAGUUAGACGUUGAGAAUUAUAGAAAGGCAGAGAAUGUGUGUAUCCAGACUGACCGUUCUAAACACACCAUUACUUACGCUGUAAUCCUAUCCUACUGAUCUAACGUCUGCCUGGAUAGUCGUCAAUAAUUAUAUUUUCAGGUACGUAAUCAUGGGCAAAUAUACCAUUUUACACAAGUUCACUUUAGUUUACUGAUUCCCUGAGGUGUUUUAUUUAUUUAUUUAUUUAUAUUAACAAAUGCACCAGCAGAUGUAAUUAAAAUAAUACAGUUCAAUAUUUUAUAAACCUAUUACUCUUAGAUUCGGAAAAAAAGAUUUCGUUAUUUUGAAUUUUAAUUUAAUUUGGGGGAGCUCUGGACCUCAGGCCCCGCCCCCAAAUCUCGUCGCCUCUGAGCUCGUGCAGUAGGUAAGUGCAAAUCAUGGAGCGCGCGUGUCUCCAGGACAACCUGAUCUAAACAAAGCUAUUCCGCGGAGAAUAAGAGCCUAUGGUGUAAUUCUCCUCUCAGAAGGCGGAUAGCUAUUCCCCAGGGAUUUGCACCGUUUUCAGUACUCACCUUUCAGUACUCACCUGAGAAAAGCUGACACUUGAGAAUGCCUAAAGGAACCAAAAAGUCCAAGUCCCAUAGUGCCAAACCUAGGAAAAAGAGUGACAAAAAACGGCCAUCUAAGAAAAGGUCAGCGAGUACUACAUGCACAAAACCAGCAGUGGAUAUUCUGAGCCCAGCUGCUAUGGAGAAUGCCUACUAUAUUUCCCAUAAUGCAGUGGACUGCCUGGAGUUCAGAGGCUUUGGCUGGCCUGAAGCCACUAAGAAAAAAAGAAAAGGACUAAAAAAAACCCAAAAAAACAAAAAAUGAGGACGAGAACCAGCUUUACUGUGAAUUGAAACAAUAUCAGCCAUAUAUAUUCUGUAGAUGAUAAAUUGUCAGGUACAUCAAUUCUGAAUAAAUGCUGUAUAUAUUUUUAAUGAACCCAACUCAUGGAUGCAUGUGUGACACUAAUGCUCAGUAUUUCUGAGAUAAAACUAAAUAUUCAGCACUUAAUUACAUAAUUUCCAAAUUCAUUCACUGCCCUCUUUAGACUGUUGAUAUUAAUGACCAGUUACAUUGGUAUUCAUUAAUCACCAGCAUAUGCUAUUUUCAGUGUACACAGUGCUGUUGAAUCCUACAAAUAGUUAAACAUGAUCAUUAAUAGAUCACGGAACCUGCUAGGAUUACAACACUAUUGGACGUCUUUUGCUUCAUUUCCAUCCAGCUUCUGUAAUUAACAUGAAACACAAAGCAAUAGAGGCCUUGAAGAAUGGACAAGAAGCAGUCAGGUAGAUCAGAGUGAAAAAGGGCAUGAAAGGCAAAAGCUCUCCGAGAGGAUGCUACAAUAAAAAUUUUUUUUUUUUAAAAAGUAACUUUGAGGGUGGUUUAGUUUGAUCUGCAAACAUAGCUGGCAUUAUUUAAUUAGACUAUCUGCACCAUCACUGACUAGCAAGUAAAAACACAACUGG